GAGCGCUUCUAAAAGGAUUUCCUCCAAUCGGCUAAUUCCGAGGUAUCAUGUGACUUGGAUUUGGCCCAAUCAGAACGCGUUAGCCUCCGAUUCAAACUUUCCUUCGAGGGUUCUAUCCAUGCUGUGUCCCUCGGUCGCCGUGGAGACGGACCGCGGAGUUUUGUAUUUUCGGGGCGAGACCGAUGGAGCCUCGACUCGUGGGCCCCGGGCCCUACCGAGCAACUCGUCUGUGGAAUGAGACUGUUGAGCUCUUUCGAAAUGGAAUGCCAUUACGGAAACAUCGUUUUCACUUCAAAAGCUACGAAGGUUGCUUCACUGCUUCUGAGGCUGUGGAGUGGUUACACAAACUGCUGAGACGCAACCAAAAUUUUAGCCCAGAAGUAACUCGUGCUCAAACAGUUCAGCUUCUCAAAAAGUUCCUGAAGAAUCACGUUAUUGAAGAUAUCAAAGGAAGAUGGGGCAAAGAUGAUUUUGAGGAUAAUGGUAAAUUAUAUAGGUUUCCUCCUUUCUCACCAUUAAAACCAUACCCUAAACGAUCUCCUUACCGAAAAGAAGUUGUGAAAUUCCCAAACUGGGACUUUGAAAAAAUUACUUUCCAAGAGCACAUCCCAGUGAAACCUAUCACAUUGAAUUCUGAAAUGUGGUUCAAACGUCACAGCAUAGCAAUUGGAGAAGUACCAGCAUGCAAACUCAUCCAUCGUCGACAAUUAAAAGAGGCAAAUGUAGAAGACAUAUGGAAGUCCAGGACUUCAUCAUACUUGCAAAAAACUUUAGGUUUGGAUUCUCUGAAUGAUAUUUUGGACACUAAACUUGUAAAUCCAAAGGACAUCAUUCAGAAUGUGUACAGUGUCAACAAACAAGGAACUGUCAUUUUAGAAGAUAAAUCAAAAGAGGUUCCUCACUGGGUUCUAUCAGCAAUGAAAUGCUUAGCGAACUGGCCCAGAUGUCCAGAUCUGAAACAGCCCACCUACUCAGGUUUUGAAAGAGAUGUCUUUAGAACCAUAGCAGAUUAUUAUGCACACAUGAAGGAGCCUCUUCUCACUUUCCAGUUCUUUGAUGUUUUUGUCAGCGUGCUGGGAAUCUUGCAGGAAAAGAAGCUAGCUACUGAAGCCUUGCAGAUUUGUUGUCUUCUUCUGCCACCAGCAAAUCGGCGAAAACUACAGUUGUUGAUGACGCUAAUGGCUAAGAUCCAGUCAAAUAAAGAUCUUCCACCUCUUUCAGACACACUUGGAACAAGAGCAAUGAUGGUUCAAACCUUUUCUCACUGCAUUCUUUGCUCCAAGGAUGAAGUAGACUUGGAUGAAUUAUUAGCGGCUAAAUUGGUAUCAUUCAUGAUGGACAAUUAUCAUGAGAUCUUAAAUAUUCCUUCAGCCUUAAAAACUGCAGUUGAAGAACAUAUAGCACAUCUCCGAAGAGUCCAGAUAAAAUAUCCAGAAUCGGAUAUAGAUGCUAUUUUGCCAGUGCCAUCAUUUUGUCAUCAAAUCAGCACUGAUGAGUUUGAACACCAAAAAACAAAUUGUCGUCAGGGGCCACUGGCAAAUUUGUUGGAAGAAAUCACAAUGAAUAUGGAAAUGUCCAUCAAAGAAAAGAAGAAAAGGUUGAAACGGUUUCAGAAAUCUUAUCCUGAUGUAUAUAAGGAACGUUUUCCUACUCCUGAAAGUGAAGCAGUUCUUUUUCCAGAAAAAAGUAAACAGAAACCACUGUUGACGUGGGCAUUUAAAAGACCUUUCCAGCCAUUUCAAAGAACAAGAAGCUUACGCAUGUAAGACUGAAUAAGCUGAAUGUCUAUAAUGGUCAAAAUUAAACCUUUGGAACAUCUGGAAUUCCACGUAGGUUCUGAAACAUGUUUAAUAAAGAAGAAAAUCAAGGCAGAACACUGCUAAGCUGAGCCAUUAUCACUAUUUAGGAGGAAAUCCCUUGGUGCUUUUUCAUUUUGUUUAUUUGUUUAAGUCGGGGUUGGGAAAUAAUGAACAGGUUCAGAUGAUCGUAUCCUAGCAUGUGGAAGUAAGAGAGUUCUUUUGCUUACACCUGUAGCCUGAUUGUGCAAGUUGCAGUUAAACCAAGAAGUCUCUGAAAAUCUUUGUUUCUAGUAUCGUCCAAAUUGAGUUAUUAAAAUAAUAUCAAAAACACUGGAGGUAUUCUAGUAUUAUCCUAGUGGUUGGGUAAAACUGUGAUGGGUAAAACAUGUUUUUACGGCUUGCUGAGUAAACUAUAUUUAAGACAAACAUUAGUUUAGAGGAAUGUGUGAACCCAGUAGCCAUCCCUAGAGAGUAGAUAAAUAGUAAUUUUCUAUUCUUCCUGUUGAGGUCUGAAGUUACCUUGAGAUCCUGAGCAGUUGUAGAGAGGCACAGAACUUGGGCUGAGUUCACCAAAUGGCCUCUGCUCAACAAGCCUCCCUUACAGAUAGUCCUUGACAUACGACAUCAAUUAAACCCAAAAUUUCUGUUGCGAAGCAAGAUAGUUAUUAAGCGUGCUUCACCCCAUUUUAUGACCUUUCUUGCCACUGUUAAGGGAAUCACUGCCGUUAUUAAAUUAGUAACACGGUUGUUAAAUGAAUCUGGCUUCCUCAUUGAGUUUGCUUGUCAAAGGGGCAUAAAAGGUGACCCUGGGAUACUGUCAUAAAUACAUGCCCAUUGCCAAACCUCUCAAUUUUGAUCAUGUGAGCAUACCUGCAAUUAACUAUGUAGAAUAGAGUGUGCCAUCCUCUUUUUUUUUUUUGAAAUAAUUUUUAUUACAAUUUUCCUUUACACAACUUUAGUACAUAUAGUAUAAUACAGUGUGUCAUCCUAAUAAUAGAACUGUUCACAUUAACUGCCUUAAUGAGGCCUGCACAGUAAUUCAGAAGUUUCUGAAAGUGUCAGCGCUGUGCAAACCAUGUUAAAGCAGCAAAAUGCAUCGCUUGGCCACAAGGCACUAUUCUGGAAGUGGCAGCAAUACCAAAAUGCAAUUCAGCAGCUGGAAACAUGGCAGCUGUUUCCAGAAUCACGCCAUGCGGCCGUGCAAUUAAGUAAUUCAGUCCAGCCCUCUGGAAGGCCUCAGAGUUCUUCAAAAGGUAAGUGACGAGAAGGGUGUUUGGUCUAAUAGGAUGGGAAUCGAGUUUAAGGCCUAGGGAGACCUGGUGGAAAUGGGGAAAGGCCUGUGGGGACCCAAGGGGCAGGAAACAGAGUAUGGGACAUUUUGGACGAUGGGGGAAGCCUUGGGAGAGCCAGGACAAGCAGGGCUAGGCCUGCUUGUCCUAUGCUAGGCCCCCCAACAGCCUCCCCCAACCCUGAGACACCCCACGUUCCGCUUCGACAUGUACUGAUUCGACAUUUAAUGACUCAUUGGGAGAGCUGGGAAAGAAGAGUCAUUAGUUGAGUUUUUCAUUUAAUGACCAUUGCAACAUGCGACUGUAAUGCCCAGGUUUUAUUUCAGUCAUAUCUCAAGGACUAUCUGUACUUCAAGAGGAAUCAUUGAUUUGCAUAUUUUAUAAAGUCUACCAUUAUGACUUAGUCAGUGAGCCAUACUUUGUACCAGUCAUGGCCUAAUUAGGCUUGUGAUCCCACUCAUUUCCUGCAAGACUCCUGUUAUUUUCUACACACACACCCUAUUUUAACAUUUUCUAUCCCUGUCUCAAAAGAAGGUAGUGAAACGGACUCAGACAUGAAGACUUCAUCUGUCUUUUCCAAUCUAUUUCCUAAAUGAUCCAAGUACAAUCAAAGAGAUUUAGAUGUUUAUAUCUUGCCUUUCUCAUUCUUGAAUGAAUCUAAUAGUGUUUGAGUUUACUCAAUACACAAGAUGGUUAAUUUUUUUUUCUGUAGUUUCCUAAACAAACCAUAUUGGCCUGUGUCAUGUCACUGGCAAUGGCUAAUGUAAUAAAAGAUUUAUGCUUAUUAGUUCCUUCUGAAUCUUAAACGAAUUUUCAUGUUUUUAAAGUUUUCAGUAUUUUCCACUGUAUAAUUUUCCAAUUUGGACAAAAUGAAUAUAAAUGGUUACUUAGAGACGUCAAGUUUAAUUGCUGCUUGCAUUUUCGUUUAUUAACUUAAGAUGUGAUUGUCUAAUGCUAUCCAUAGGGUAACAAUUACUACUGUACCUGUUACGGGAGGAUCUGAAAAGAAUUUUUCACGAAAAAACAAAUUGUACUUGUAGGCAGCACUGAAUUUUCAGAAGGGGGAAAAUGUUUUAUUUGCUUGAAUGAACUUGAAACACUGGAUCUUGUUCUGCUGACUAGGUAAAACUUUAUACUGUUGGUCUUAACAAGCAACACAAUGGAUAUGUUCUUACAAUCCUGAGCAAGAAUUUCAGAAAAGAACUUUGGAGAAUGAAGCCUUUUAAGACAUUACCGGUGUGAUAUUUCUGACACAAUACCAGACUGACUUAUGGGAAGCAAUCUGGCUGUAUCUAAAAGGCAGAAACAAGAAGUCUACUAAUCAUGUUUCACAUCCUUGCAAAAUGUGUAUAUGGUUUAUUCAUACUAUAUAUACUUUAUUCAGAGAGAUUAUUUUAUGCAAGUUAUUUAAUAUUGGAGAUAAGUUUUGAAAUGGGAAAUAAUAGUCUACUUGAAAAUAGUCAUUUGUAGGUCUUAAAGCGAUUUCUUCUAGAUAUGUGCCCUUGUUGAACUGAGCUAGGACAGCUUAAUUGUGCUUCUGUUAAUAUGAUUACGCCUUAAGUAUAUAAUAAGAUUCUCUUUCUGUAAUAUUAAAAUCACUUUUCCACAGAAAUUUUUGAAUGAAUUGUGGGGACAUAGACUCAAGCUUUGGAGAAUGAUGGAUGCAUGGGUUUUAUAUCUUUGCCAUGAUAGCACCUAAAAAGCCACCAUAUCUCCAAACCAGGGAGUGCAGUGGCUCCAGAGGUUAGGACACUAGAUUAAUGAUCGGUAGCUCCCAUUCAAGACCUUGUUGCUGCCACAGGAUGUGGUGAAAUCCCAGCACACGCUUCAGCUGAGUAGAUAAAUGGGUACCACUUUGGUGGGCAACUUAAUGGAGACAUGAAAGGAGCUUCCAACUGGGCAUCCCCCAUGCAAUAGUCAAUCAUUUCAACCCAGAAGCAUUUCGGUGCUUCCAACAUGACUAUAGUAGUAUCUCCAAACCCAUUUGUGUUAAUCUUUUGUCAUCACAGAAUAAUCCAGAAAUGGAGAAGAAAGUUAAAGUCUUUUACCAAGUGAACAAACUACUGGAGUAUUUUCUUAGGCAGAAGUAUAAAUCUCAUAACCCCAAGUGGCUGUCCCACUCAUUGCAUCAGACUCAGAGUUUGCCAAAUUCUGUAAUUUACAAUUGCAGGUCUUGCAUUUAUAAAAUUACUGCUGCUGCUCAGUUCCAGUAAGGCACAGUCAAAAUUUAAAACAAUGGUUCUUAAUGAUACGCCCUCCCAAUUUUUUGACUUUGAAUUGUUGAUUUAGUUUGUAAAAAGUGCAUUUGUAUAUGCACAAAAGAAGCAGAUUUGUUCAAAGGCAUCCAAUUCAAUUUAACAUUGGAGCUGAAGUUUUGAUUUGAAAAGGGGAGUUGACUCAAUUGCCUUCAUAAUGAAUCUCUGAAUCACAGAUUCAUUCAGCUUAGCAUGGUUUUAAAAACAAAGAGUUGCCCAUGCAACCACAAGAGAAAACUGGAAAUUUGUGCCCUAUUCAUGUAUCUCUACCACUUUAUUCUAUCAACCAUCUGCUGACUUUGCUGGAAAAUGUUAAGUAUGGUUGCCAUCCAUUCAAAGGUUGCCCUUCAUUUUUUGCCCGUAUUCUAAAUGUGGAUAGAUAUGUGUAAAAGUAAACAUAAUUUAAGAAAAGGGCAUAACAAAAGACAAGGCACUGAAUUGUCUUAUGAACUUCACUGUUGUACAAUGAUAGACAAGCUAAGUAUGUAUGUAUUGAGUGUCCUCCAAUCUACUGUACCCCUAAAGAAUUUUAGAAAAUAAAAUAUUGUUUUUAAGA